GCAUAACAAACAAAUACAUGUGUAAAUGGACUGAAACAAGUUUAAUCAUUUUCAAGAUGGAGGCGCCCAGGGAGAAAGAACAUCUUCUUUCGUUGAAAGUUAUGCGGUUGCCAAAGUCGUCAUUCAUCACUACAACACCGGUGUUAUUUGAGCCUCGAGAUUUAGCAGGUGGCUCCAUAAUAAAAGAUGUUUGCCCCAACUUAGGCUUGGAUGACGGAAUGCAGCAUUUCAGUGUUGGACAGCUACUCAUGUUGCCACAGGACUUUGGGAGUAUCUAUCUAGGUGAGACUUUCUCAAGCUACGUCAGUGUUCAUAAUGACAGCCAGCAUGUGGUUAAAGAUAUCUUACUCAAGACGGACCUUCAGACGAGCUCACAACGACUGACGCUAUCGGGGGCAGGGACUCCUGCCCAUCUUGAGCUCAAGCAAGCCGAGUGCAUUGAUGAGGUCAUUCACCAUGAGGUCAAGGAACUAGGGACACACAUUUUGGUAUGUGCAGUGUUUUACAAUACACAAGCUGGUGAAAGUAUGUACUUCAGAAAAUUCUUCAAAUUUCAGGUCUUAAAACCCCUCGAUGUCAAGACGAAGUUCUACAAUGCUGAGGAUUAUGUAUCAAAUGAAGUUUACCUGGAGGCUCAGAUUCAGAAUAUCACUCAGUCACCGCUAGUUAUGGAGAAAGUACUCCUUGAACCAACCGCUGAAUAUAAAGUCAAGGAACUCAACACGAUUGAAACUAAUGGUGUAAGUAACUCAGAAAGUACGUUUGGCAACUUUACCUACCUAAACCCCCUGGAUACAAGACAGUACCUCUACUGCCUGAAAGCCAAACCCCUACCAGGAACAGAUAAACCCGCUGUCAUCAAAGGUGUGUCCAACAUCGGCAAGCUGGAUAUAGUCUGGAAGACCAGCAUGGGAGAGAGAGGCCGAUUACAGACCAGUCAACUGCAGCGUAUGGCUCCAGGAUAUGGUGAUGUCAAACUCAAUGUGACCAGUAUACCAGACUCAAUAACUAUAGAGAAACCGUUCCAAAUCAAGUGCAGAAUCACAAGCUGCUGUGAAAGGACAAUGGAUCUGAAGCUGGUACUCAAUAACACUGAGAAUGGAUUGAUGUGGUUGGGUGUAUCAGGGAGGCAGUUGGGUAAGCUUGGACCCGGCAGUAGCAUGGAUGUUGAGCUGACGCUGUUAGCGACCAUUCCAGGACUACAGAGCAUAUCAGGAUUACGGCUGACUGACACCUACUUGAAGAGAACUUAUGAACACGAUGAUGUCGCGCAGAUUUUUGUCUACUCCGAGCAAGUAGGAGCUUAAAAGAGCCAGUUUGCAGGACUGGAAUUUUAACUUCAAAGGGGCAAGGCCAUUUUCAUUUUGCAAAGGAGGAUCUCCAUUGAAACAUUUCAAAUUCAAUGGGAAACUUUUGAUGGGGCACCAAGGCCAGGGGCAAUGUGGGGCAUGGCUUCUGUAGGCUCUGUGUAAUUCUAGACCUGAAUUUGAUUUCCCAUGAGACCUAAUCUUACAGCCACAUCCCUGAGAGAUCCCAGCCAGUUCCAUGGUAGACUGGGCCCCUGUCUUUAUCCGCUAGGAUAAAGACAGAUACUUGCCGCUAGAUCCAGUAAUUCCGUUGGAUACAAUCAUCGUUUGAUAAACGUGCAGUGACAUAGAUGCCCAAAUAGUCACUGCUGUCACGCCCGCAAUAGAAGUUGACUGCGUAUCUCUAUCUGAAAUGACCGAGGUCAAACUACACGCCAGUUCCGCUGAUACUGGCCAGCUACGGCCAAUAGACUGAUAGAGGGCUAGCUUUGAAUCAUGGGAGCUUUGCAUCAUGCGUGCUGUCCAGCCUGGGGCUAGCCUGGCCAACUUCGGUCAAUGCUGCCUUGACAUUUGUCUGUCCAAGCUUGCUUGGGUCAAUUAUGUCAUACACUGUUCUGUUGGUUCAGUGGAAUGUCGUGGCCGAGCAGUCUAGGGCGGGAAACUCAACUUCUUUUGCUAAAUUGUCCAACAGUCCAGUGAAAUAAAGAUGACAGAGAUGAAAGCACACAGAAAAAGCAGGAGAUGAAGAAGAAGAAGGUGACAUCAGGGAAGUAGAGGAAGGGGCUGGUUUGACCACAAGAGGGGGGGGGGACCCAAAA